AUGCCGCGUGUCUGGAGGUAUCCCAAUUCAGCAACGUGGGUUCCUCUACCGUCGCCAACACAUUCGCACGAGUGGCUUGAAGCAGUCAUGGGUCGACCAUUGCUUUCUCCCAGCCAGGGGCGACCUGCGAACCCAAAGGUCGCAGUCAUCGGUGCAGUUAUCAAACGCGAUGAAAUAAAUUCAAAAUGGAUGGUGCAUAUUAAAGGCGAAACUGAGCCCAAAGUCUUCGACAGGGUGGUGUUCUCGAGCGGCUCAGAAACCAUUGCCAUGCAUCCCAAGAUCGACGAUGUACACAAAUUCAAAGGCCAAUUUAUACAUGGACAAGCUUACAAAAGUCCUGCUGAUUUCGAGGACAAAAAUAUCAUUGUCUUGGGCAUGGGAAACUCGGCCGGUGAUACAGCCUGCGAACUUACUGAGUAUGCCGCCAAAGUCUACCUUGCCCAUCGCCGCGGCGCCAAAAUCCUUCCUCGGGCCAACGAGGAUGGUCCUCUUGACAGCUAUGUCUCCUGGAAGAUCUCUCGUAUGGCUCUGUGGACGGAGCACCACGCACCUGGAAUAUUCCAGAUCCUUGCCGAUGGUUUACUCCAGAAGAACUCGAACAGUCACUUUAGCGGCGAGGAGGCCGAGCAAAAUUUGGAAUGGGGGCUCGAGGAAACUAGUGGAGACGUCACCACCAUCAUCUGCAAUGAUCACCUGAAGCGGCUGGUUCACGAGAAGCGAAUCGCUUCAGUCAAGGGGGUCAAGCGGAUCAUCGGUCCACGGACUGUGGAGCUUGAUAAUGGCGACAUCAUCGACGACGUCGAUGCCAUCAUAGCCUGCACGGGCUAUCGAGCCGACUUUUCGCUAUUGCCAGAUCUACCAAGCACGAAGCUGGACGCUUCGCUCCCAGUGUUUCCAGACCUGUAUCAGAUGAUUUUCCCGCCGCGCUACGCCGACUCACUCGCAUGUACAAACUAUUGCAUCAUAAACGAAAGCGCAGCCGCAUACCGCGAGCUCCAAGCCAUGGCCAUCGCACAGGUUUGGGCUGGUCACUCGAUUCUCCCGAGCGAGGAGGCGAUGAUGGUGCAAGUGCACGAGUACCAGACAUGGCUCGCUUGUCAGAUGCUAGCUUUUCCAGCAACAAUGCUGGGAAAGGGGCAGAUGUACCCGUGGAUGAGAUGGCUGCACGACACUGCUGGUACAGGGUUGUAUGAGCACAUGGGCUGGAGCCUCAAGGGAAUGUGGUUUUGGCUGCGAAAUCGUGAACGAGGACAGGGAGAGGGCAUUUCCGAAGAAGAAGUAGAAGAAGCAGGGAAAGACCUAGAUUCUGUCUCGGAGGUCGGUCUAACGAUGCAAUGUCCGUCAAACCUUUCCUGGACCAUAGAAAAACCUCCAUCGAUUCACGUUGACAGUGGCUCUCCUGUAUAG